CUAGGCGGCCAGCGGGACAGACUGGCGGUGGAGCGAUUGACAGGCGGCAGGGCAGCUCUGGGGCCCCGGCAGAGUUGGUGGCGCGCGUGGACGCGGCUGCGGCGGAGACGCCGGGAUGUGGAGCGGCCCACCCCAACGAGACGAGGGCCUCCCUGUGGGCCUCUCCGCUAUCCCAGUCCCCUGGGAAAACCUGGGUCCCAGCAAAGGUAACAGGGAGUCCUCAGGAGGCCUGGUAGAAACCUCCACUUCCUGGGAGGAGGCCCCGGGUGAGGAACACCCGGCAGCUGCUCCGCUGGAUGUGUCACGCCUGCGCAGCUCCUCCAUGGAGAUCCGAGAGAAGGGCUCCGAGUUCCUAAAGGAGGAGCUAUACAAAGCCCAGAAGGAGCUGAAGCUAAAGGAUGAAGAGUGUGAACGGCUUUGCAAAGUGCGUGCACAGCUGGAGCAGGAGCUCGAGGAGCUGACAGCCAGCCUGUUUGAGGAAGCUCACAAGAUGGUUCGGGAAGCCAACGUGAAGCAGGCGACAUCAGAAAAGCAGUUGAAGGAGGCUUGGGGCAAGAUCGACAUGCUACAGGCAGAGGUGACGGCCUUGAAGACACUGGUCAUCACAUCCACACCAGCCUCUCCCAACCGUGAGCUCCACCCACAGCUGCUGAGCCCCACCAAGGCUGGACCCCGAAAGGGCCACUCACGCCAAAAGAGCACCAGCAGCUCCCUCUGCCCCGUUGUGUGCCCCACUGCAGGGCACAUCCCCACCCCUGACAAAGAAGGCAAGGAGGUAGAUACGACACUGUUUGCAGAGUUCCAGGCUUGGAGGGCCUCGCCUACCCUGGAUAAGAACUGCCCCUUCCUAGAAAGGGUGUACCGGGAGGACGUGGGCCCUUGCCUUGACUUCACAGUACAGGAGCUCUCGGCUCUGGUUCGGACUGCUGUGGAGGACAACACACUCACCAUUGAGCCCGUGGCUUCACAGACACUGCCCGCUGUGAAGGUGCCCACUGUUGAGUGUAACAACACCAACACAUGUGCCCUGAGUGGCCUGGCGCGUACCUGCCACCAUCGAAUCCGCCUGGGGGACUCUGACAGCCACUAUUACAUCUCACCGUCCUCCCGGGCCAGGAUCACUGCAGUAUGCAACUUCUUCACCUAUAUUCGCUACAUCCAGCAAGGUCUGGUUCGGCAGGAUGCUGAGCCAAUGUUCUGGGAGAUCAUGAGGCUGCGGAAGGGCAUGUCACUAGCCAAGCUUGGCUUCUUCCCCCAGGAGGCCUAGGGCAUGGCCCCAGGCCUGAAGUAAGCUCUGAGCUAGAGCAAACAGCUGCCUUGGGACAGACAGACAAGAAAUCCUGGAGCCAGCUCUGAGCCAGAAGCUGAAAGGACAGAUAAACAACCAGGCUGUAGAGACAGUUCUGAGCCAGUACCA